CCAGGUGUGGGAAGGUGAGGCAGAUUUAAAUCACUGUUUUUUUUCCCUUUAACGUAGCUACAUUGGACAUGGGUCCAAAGAAGACUGCAUCUGCCCAAGUUGGCAAAUCGACCAGGGAGAAGGUUACCCUGGAGAUGAAAAAAGACAUCACCCGGAAAUACGAUGGAGGGAGAUGCAUUGCGGACAUCGCCAGGGAGUACAGCCGCAAUGCGUCAACCAUUGGCACCAUCAUGGCCAACCGUGAGAAGAUCCUUGCCACGGAUGCCGUGAAGGGUGUCACAGGGAUUGCCAGGAACCGUCCAGCUGUCCUGGAGGAGGUGGAGAAGCUCCUGGUCAUCUGGAUGGAGGAGAAGCAGUGUGGAGGGGACACGGUUACUGAGGCUGUGAUCUGUGAGAAGGCCAGGGCCUUGUACACUGACCUCAUGGCACAGCAGCCCGGAACAUCAGCUGAGCCUGAGGAUUUCAAGACCAGCAGAGGCUGGUUUGAACGCUUCAAGGCAAGAUUCGGCAUCCACCGUGUGGUGAGACACGGAGAGGCAGCGAGCUCAGACACCACUACAGCAGAGGACUUUGCUGUGGAGUUCCUCGAGGUCAUAACAACAGAGGGCUACCUUCCAGAGCAGGUCUUCAACUGCGAUGAGACCAGCCUGUUUUGGAAGCGGACGCCCAAAAGGACCUUCCUGACCCAAGAGAAGAGCAAGCUACCUGGCCACAAGCCGAUGAAGGACCGCCUGACCCUCCUCUUCUGUGCCAACGCCAGCGGGGACCUGAAGAUCAAGCCGUUGCUUGUCUACCACUCCAAAAAUCCAUGUGCUUUUAAGAAGCACAAGGUAGACAAAGCACGGCUGAAGGUGAUGUGGUGAUCCAAUGCUAAGGCUUGGGACACACGGGUCCACUUUGUGGACUGGGUCAAUCACACUUUUGGCCCAGCUGUGAAGCGGUACCUGGUGGACUGUGACCUGCCUCUGAAGGCCCUGCUCCUAAUGGACAACGCUCCUGCCCAUCCUCCAGGCCUUGAGGAUGACUUGUUGGAGGAGUUUUCCUUCAUAAAGAUCAUGUUUCUGCCUCCAAACACCCCCCCGCUACUCCAGCCGAUGGAUCAGCAGGUGAUUGCGAACUUCAAAAAGUGGUACACCAUGGAGCUGUUCCAGCGCUGCUUUGAGGUGACCGAUACCACCAACCUCACCCUGCGUGAUUUCUGGAGGGAUGAGUUCGACAUUGUCAUUUGCCUGA